AUGUCCGGCGAAGGUUCUUCUAAGGUGAUGCUCAAUAACAAAAGACUUUCAGCGAUGAUUGACUCGCUGCAAAAAGAAGACAUUGAAAGCGAACUUCUAAGGAUAGGUAAGCCUGUGUCAGCCAACAAAAAUGACCAAUUCGAGCUGCCUCAUGAAGAGCCCUCGGAUUCAAGGAAUUCGUCGCCUAGUAAGCUUUUCAGAUCUCCUGCUGGUUUGAUAUCACUUCACUCGGCAGAUAAGAGAUCUAGCAUGUUAUCGGACUACUCUGGAGUAGUUCAAGAGGGCAUUGGUAUAUCAUUCGUGGUACAGAAUCAAGGUAAGGGAACUAACGAAAGUCACCCAGAUCUGCCGGCGCUGCCAUCGGUGGAAACUUUGGGGCUUAAUGACAAUUUUAGUACUGAAGCUGACUCUAGGAUGCCUACUGAAGAUCUUGUUAUCAAGACAGUUCCGAAUGCGAAACCUGUGGAGCGCUUGAGCUCCAAUUAUUCAAAGAUGUCGAGAGUUUCAGAGAUGACCGAGCGAGAUCCAAAUCAGAAUCUCGAGCCUAACAAUUCUCUGCGGCUCUUGUCAAUCAAUAAGCAUCAUUUGGCUCCGUCGUCGGUUGGUUCUGGUAACUUGGCUAGCGAAAGUGGUUCGUCAUCUUACAACCAUCUCAGGAACUAUGAAAAGCAGAGCCCCGUCUUACAGCCUCCGGUAUCUCAAGCGGAAGACUCGCAAGAAACGUACAGUGCUAAAAAUCUUGAGAGCUCUCACAUCAGCGACGACGUUUCUAUUGUAACGAGCAUCAUCCCACCGUUAUCCACAACAGUACGAGAGGACCAAGAAGGUAUAAAGCCGGUUCGUUCAGAGACUACCUCAUAUAAUCCUACAGUGCCGCCAAGAAGCAAAAACCGUCCAAGAUCGAGAUUAUUCAUUCGCGACACCCUGGAUGAUAUAGAGACCCAACUCAUGGCGCAGAUGCGGGACCCGUCGCCUGAUCUGAAGAGCGCCAGCGCGGUCACAAGAAGUAGCACGAACACGUAUCAUUCGGACGCCUACUUUUCGGCUACAAGCCACCAGAAUACCGGGGAAGAUAAUUCUCGUGAGCACUCGGAAGAACCUGAUGAGUUUAAUGACGACGACAUAUAUCUGGAAAGACCUCUACCUAAAGUCCCAAGCCCUGUACGUCGUGACUCCACCAUUCGAGCUCAAGAGAAGCAACGUGGUGAUACUCAGCCUUCCCCCGAUAAGCCUACAUGUGAUGACGACGAUGAUAUGUAUGAGGAUAUUGAUGUGACAGUAAAUCUCGACCUCGAUGAGACUGAGGAUAAAAGACCCACUACCAAUAAAACCCAGGAUGGCACGAAAUCAAAAGUAAAGCCAUCGCCUAAGAAGAAGCACGGCAAGCGGAAGAAGCAAGAAUUGAGGUCAUUUGACGUUGAUACAUUGACACAACUGCUCAAUGUCACUAAGGGCACACUAAUCGGCUCUGAGUUUGCAAACCUGGGCAUGAAAAUCGAAGAAAAACGAGCUCUGGAGAGGCUCGUCGAUUCUCUAUCAAGGCUCACAGCUGACAUGGUUUUAGACCCCGAUCGCUACGAAGAAGGUCUAAGAAGACUAGAUAAAGCUACAAAAGCGCUUGAAGGCUUCUAG